AACAAAUUUUUAAUAAAGAGAGAAAUUAAGAAAGAAGAAGAAAAAAUACAGUAGUUGGUUUUACUAUUCGGUUGGUGAUCCUUUUGUUCAUUUUGAUAGGAAUGACACAAGGAAAGCGUAAACAUCCAUGUGAUCUUAAAAAUCCAAGCAAACGAGCACCGCCUGCAACAUGUAAUAAACCUAAUGGUGCCAUACUAUGUGGAGAUUUUUGCCUACAUGAAGGCUACAACAUAGGAAAAUGUGUAAUGAGAAGAACAGGAAAGGCUUGCAUUUGCAGCCAGUGCGAAGGUUGGUGAGGGGUGCGACUGCUCGGGUUCUAAAUUCCAUCAUUUAUAUUAUAAAACAUAAGUUAGAUGGCCAAUCAUUUUCUGCCACGUCAUAUUUUUUUAAAAAAGGGAAGUACAAUAAAAAAUAAUGUAACGGAAGAUAAACUUCCUAAAAAUAAGGCAGUUUCUUUUCUUUGAAAGAUUAUAUUGAUAUUAGAACUUGUUCGUAAUC